AAGAAAGCCUUCAAAAUAUCGAUGUUAUGAUUUAGUUCGAAUAGCUUUCUGUCGGUGGUUAUUUUAGAACCAACACGUGUUGAAGGAGGGACAUUUAUAGACAGGGAAGGGAGUUCAAGUUUGGUCCACCAAAAGACCACAUUCUCAAGGUUUCAAUGUUUCCAAGAACUUGGGAAGAGAAAACUUUUACUCACUUGCUCAAGAACUCUUUCAAAAGUUAAUGAUGGAAAUAAAUACCGUAUCAUUGGAAAUGAAAACUUGUUAUGUUAGGGAAAGACCGGGAAUUGGCCAAAAAAUACGCGUUGAAGUCAUGUCUGCCCUUCACCGAUGCUGAUAGUAUAAUCGAUCAUUUACAUACAGGGAGGACACAACAACAACUAACGAAACAAUGGAUUUGGAUAAUCCUUCUUACUUCAACGUCGCUGGAGAACAAACACCGAACGGCACCUGUGGAAGCGUGAGCAGCUCCUCCGAAUGCUCCCUCAGUCGACAAUUGACACCUCCAAGGAACAGGAUGGGGAUGAGAUCCUUCGCCAGGUCCAUCAGCUCCAAUUCCACAGAAUCUAGCCAGUUCAUCCGUGGAGAACCCAGGUUGAGUGACCUAGCUCCUGAUCUGGCUGCCAAGCACAUCUCCAAGCAGAAGACCAAGGUUCAGGGUGGUAUCGUGUACUCAUCUCUGGCCUUGGAGCCAGAAUCAGACUCUGGAGAUGAAGUUUUCCUGGACGAGAACACGGCAAGGUAUUACAACUGCUCAGGAGGUAAUAGGAGGCAUUCGGUAGGGUCUUAUGCUGCUAGGGACAGAACUACCAGUGUUUCUUCUUCCAUGAGGAGCUUCAGGGAGGAGAUGCCAAGUUCUUCCAAAGUGGAUGAGGUGGACUGUUCCGUGGAAAUCAGUGGAAUGAUGGCAACGUCCCCUGUAGAUGUUAUAGAUGAUCAUUCCAUACGACAUGGUUCGUAUCCGAGGAAGAGGUGCAAUAAGUGUAUUAAGGGAACUGCAUCAAAACGAGCAAACAUGGAUGAUAUAUUGAUGGUUUCGCUCAACUGCAGUCAAGCAGCUACUCUUUGGGUAGAAUACUUCACUUCAUACUUCCAACAAAUUGGGAAGCAGACAAAUCGUAAAUCGUUCAAAAUUCAACAUUUGAAUGUGGAGGACUUCAUAGAGGCGAAGGUGGAUACAAAUAUCGUAUUAGAAAAAAGUUCUUGUGUGAAAUUACAAUUGGUAGUCAUGUGUCCUGGUUUAUUGGAUUACAUAUCGGAACAUCCUGACAACGCAGCAUUUGGGAAACUUUUCCUUCCAGACAGAACACUAGCUCUUCUUCUAGGUGUUACUGAUGAUGAUCUCACUGAAGUACAUAGGAAAGCACUACCAACAUAUUUCAAAUGGCAAAGAAUGUCAGUUGGACAAGAUCAAGACGAAAAUUUCACCAAAGAGUUCAUUGGACAUGCCAUGUCGAUUUUGGCGAGGGUUUGGAAGCAGCAAAGCUCGGUUGCAGCUCAAGAAAAGUCAUGUUUUUCGGUAUCUCCGAAAAAAAUCAGACAGGGACAAAACAGUGUGUUCAUCCUACUGGCCUACCCCCUUCAAAAGGAGGAUUCGAUCAAGAUCUCCGUGGAAAAAAAUAACGAAAUGAUCGAAGUGAAGAACGUCAAGAGGAGAAAUCCUUACACAAUCAAAAUAUCGGUACCUGAUAGUUUUACAGAAGUGACAGCCAUAAUAAAUAUAAUAGUCGAAAAGAACGGUAGCAUAAUAGGUAGUAGGCCUAUAAAGUGCGAGAGCAGACUGAAGGAAUUGGAGCAGAUUCUAUCUAAUCUUCCCGUCGAAUUCAUGUACCAGACUCUCGGAUUUACUCCAGCUGACAGAGAAAGCCUCGACAAUUGGCUGGUGCACAACUUCCAGAAAAACCUUCCUCCUCAUUUCAGUCUUCUUGCGAGUCACUCAACACCUUUCGCUGCUGCUGUGCAGGCCCACAAACACAGUUGCGAAGAAUUCCCCACACUACUACACUUUUCCGCCAAGUUUGGGCUGGAAAAACUAGCCCUCCAGCUCUUGGAAUGUCCAGGAGCAGACGUAGCUUGCGAAAUCAAGAACAUCUACGACUUUACACCUGCUGAGAUAGCAGAACACAACAACCACAGCGAAUUGGCCGCUUCCCUCAGGAAUUAUCUGAAUAUGAACGAGUUCAGCAAUAUGUACGCGAAGCUUAAGGCGAUAUCUUCAAACCAUCACGAUGACCAUCACAGUUCAGUUGUUGAAUACCUUGUACCAAGAAACCACGAAGAUCUGUAUAAACUCUGUCCGGCACCGAGGCCAGUUAAUUUGAAAUUAUCCUCAUCCCCAAACUCACCAAGCACCAGUAGUACAGGCGAUCUCAUGAGUUCUAGUGGCUACACACCAAUGCAUACACCAUCCAUUAAAGUCCAAGAACAUCAGUCAGGAGAAGAAGGUAAAACCACAACACACACUAACACCUUGCCCAAAACUAACUCUUCAAAGUCGAAAAAGCACCAAUCCGAAAGAGACAGCCCAUCGAUCACGAAGCAAGCAUCGUUACCAAACAACUUCACAAUACACGAGGAUAAAGUACAGAAAGAACUGUUGGAAAUCAUAAACGACUUCAAAAACAACGUCCAUUCUAUAUCGCAGGUCGAAAAGCUAGUGGAUGAGUGGAAGAACAGGAACGAUGUUCAAAAGUCUUUCAAGGAGAAGCAAGAACAACUGAAAGAGAUGAGGCUGAGGUACGAAAAGAUACAACACGAAAUGAAGGUGGCGCUCAAAAAGCCAAGUCCAUUCGAAAGGAUCAAGAAGAUCUUCUCCAGGCAUAAGUCUCGAGAAGACCACGAACAACACGUAGUGUCCAAACCAACAAUAACUUCCUCCACCAGCAACUUGAACAUCUCCAAUGGUCAAUCUCAAAGACCAGUCAGCAGUCUGAGUACCUCCAGUUCUUCUUCUUCGGGACGCAUGAGCACCAUAAGCGGAUGCAGCCUAGGAGAUAGUGGGACUCAUUCGGACAACGAAGAUAGAAAGAAUAUGAUGAGAAUGAACAUUGAGGAUGACUUCAGGAACGAAUUGAGCAGAGCAGUGUUGAAUAUGCACUAUACUCCUCUUCCUGCACCAAAACCCGUCAAGUGUAACCACCCCCAUAAAACAAAAUUGACCACAACAAUUGAGGAAACAAUGUCCAACCAACCAAAGAGCGAGAGAACGUCGGAUGAUCAAUAUUACAUUCAGUUCCCACCUUCCGGGUUGCCAGUGACAGAAGUCCUCAAUCACGCUAUCAAAAAAAUAAAAGAGGAGAAGGGUCCCGUAACUGCCAGGAAUGACUACAUGAACAUUUCAGCAAAUCCAUGUUGCAGCAAUGAUUCAUCUUCGUCUCAUGAAUACAUGAACUUCAGGACACCAACCAGUAUAAAAUAGAAUUAAAAGCAAAAAUACGUUUUAGUAUUUUUAUAUCUAUGUGACUGUGAAAAUGUUUAGUAUAUAGUUUAUUUAUAACUCUUUUGAUAUAAUUUAUGUUAUUUUAUAUAUUUGUAUUUGACUAUUUGUAUAUUGUUUCUAUAGUAUUAAAAUCAAUCCUUGAUA